AUGGCAGACACGAUCGAUCUUCAAAAUCAGAGUGCUCCUUCUGCGAAAGAUCAUACACGUCAACCAGCUCGCCCAGGUCCACUAGGUGAAGGGCCGCCAGCUCCUCACCAAGCAGAUGCGCUCAAACACGUUGAGCAAGAAUUGUCGGAACAGCAUGGUCGCAGCCCUCGAGCUUCCCAAGAUCUUUCGGGUAAGGAGCUGCAACUGCUACAUGAAGACGGUGAUGGAUACGGUAGCACCGAUGGCAUCGGCCAGGACUCAAACAACCUGUUGCGCAACGCAGGAGCAAAUGGAACAGCGGAGGAGGACGUCGGAGACACAGACGGAGACGAGGGCAUGGACGAUGAUUUAAUGGACAAAAUCUCCAGCUCUCCGUCAAUUGGCGACGAUGGUGGGUAUCAUUUACCUUUACCGUGGCCCAGCAGGGUCGCUUCCCUUCGUUCGAAUUCUUCCCCCCCAGAGAAUACACCAUCGCCAAAACCCCCAUUGGACGAUUUCUCUUCUUCUCCCUUUUCCGAGACACCUACCCAUUUUCCUCUUUCGUUCCCGCGAAAAGACCACGAUCAAACCCCGUCCAAGGAUCAUCAUCAGAAAGGUGGGUAUACCAAGGAUCGAGAGACGCUUUUUGCCGUGGACGAGCUGGAUGCCGAGAGUCAUGACCGCCUAAGACCUCUAAUCAGCGAACGGCGGGACACCCGGUUUCAAGAGGAUUUUGAAGAUAUGGAAGACUCCUACGAAGUGGACUUCGACCCUAACGAUUUUAACCACUUUCUGCUCCCGGCAAACGAUCCUCUCCUGGACAACAGCUUUGAUGAUGCGCCAUUGUCGCCUUCUUCGACUGCCUCAAAUGCCUCGACUCGCUCUUCCUCGCCAGAAUCUGCCACCUCUUGGGACGACAAGACACCGGAUACAAAAGAUGAUGAUACCGAAGAUAUUUCCUUUCUCGAUGACCCCCGUUUUAUCGACUCAGGAUGGGGCGGAGAGUGCUUACGAGAAACAGAGGACAUUGAUUUCGAGUUCGUGUACGCGCUACAUACAUUCGUCGCAACGGUCGAAGGCCAAGCGAACGCUACGAAGGGUGACACCAUGGUGCUGCUCGAUGACAGCAACAGCUACUGGUGGCUCGUACGGGUCGUUAAGGAUAGUAGCAUUGGCUAUCUACCUGCGGAGCACAUCGAAACACCUUUGGAGCGUUUGGCGAGGCUAAACAAGCAUAGAAAUCUCGAUCUAGCUUCAACGAUGCUUGGCGACGAGGAAGACAAAAGGGCAGGAAACCCUCUGAACCCUCUGAAAAAGGCCAUGAAAAGGCGCAAUGCAAAGACCGUUCAAUUCACAGCACCAUCUUACGUGGAGCCGUCGGAUGUCGAAUAUUCCUCUGACGAGGAGGAGGGCAAUGGAGAGUAUGGAGCCCAGGAACAGGAUAGCACCGCUGCCCAGAGCAAUGACCAGUCACAUCAAGUCGACGAAGGCGUGGUAGAGCCACUCAAACCUAGAAGUCAAGAUCGAGAUGUCAGGCAGAAUGGAGAUCCCUUGGUAGCUCAAAGUCUUAGCAGUGGCGGAAUUGACCAAGGUAACCCUCCAGAUGCAGCUCGAACGAGUGAUGAGAUAUUCGACGGAGGUGAACCUAGCCAGUUGGAAUCUCAUCGAUACCUUUGGCUGACCACUACAGAUAAUGGUACUGCCGUUACAUCAAGGAAAGGGACCGUGCGCAACACUGAUUCUUUCUUCAAAGACGAUGGGGUGGAAACCCGAAAGAUCAAUCUUACGCCCAGUCUCUUGCGGGAUGAUUCCAAUGGGUCCGUGUUGAAAUCAAACGAAUCCAAAGACCUCAAGACCAGAGCAAGUCUCGAUUCUCUCGAGAAAGAACCCCCUCCCGAAAAAGGCAAGGAAGACAAGAAGCGGAAAGAGAAGAGAGGCAUGCUGGGUGGCAUGUUUAAACGAAGAGACAAGAAAGGCAAAACUGACGACAAGGAACUUGAAGAGAGCAAGAAAUCAUCGAACGAACUGGCAAGGCAGGCAUUGUCACCCCCGUCGAGGUUGUCGCCACAGCCAAAAGAAUCGAUGGAAUCAUUGACCCAGGACCCACAAGCUGCCAAAGCUACUUCACCACAGCAGAGGCAAACCGGCAAGUUACAGAAGACUCCGCCCGCGAAAUUGUCUCCCAAAUCAUCGUACUCCCAAAGAGAAGCAACCAACCAGAGACCGACUAUCACAGAACAGCAGAACACUUUCACUCCAGAACCGAGCCGGGCGCCGCCCGCUUUCUCCGAGCCGAAUGGAUCUAUGCGCAUGGUCCAGACGGAGCCAGAAUUGGUACCAGAGGACAGGGGUCCAGCUUUGGAUUUCAACCCUCCAGUGACCACACGUGAAGAACCUAUGCAUUUAGGGUCACCAAGAGAUGCGAGGCGUGGCAUGUUUUCGCCCGUCAGAGAUGAGGAACCAGUGCAGUCAGGAUCCCCGAGAGAUGCUUCGCGUGGGAUGUUCUUGCCUGGCAGGAACGAGGAACCAUUUCAAUCAGGGUCACCAAGAGAUGCCUCGCGUGGGAUGUUCUCGCCUGUUAGAGACGAGGAACUAAUCCAACCAGGUUCACCAAAAGACAUCAGACGUGGGAUGUUCUCGCUUGUCCGAGACGAAGAAUCUAUGCAAUCGGAUUCGCCAAAGGACGCCAGACGCGGAAUGUUCUCACCUAUCAAGGACGUCCUCAAAUCCGCCCCUACGGACCCAAAACCCGAGAAAGUCAGGAAAGCCAAGCACCGCAUGCACAUGGACGACUUCGACUCUUCCUCCGAAGACGAAGAGGCUGAAACCUUCUCCGAACGUCCGUCGUAUGAGGAACCAGACUCUCACCUUGCUAUCGCCCAAGACGCUCAACAUGGAAACCACGAACCCCGAGCUCCUACAAUUCCCCACGCCGAACCACCCCGGGAAGCAGCCCGAGAACGGCUGUCCGAAUCUCCCAUUGAAGUUUUACCUCCUCAAGAACACGACCGCAACCCUCAGCCUCCUCAACUCAUGGUGGACACUUCCUCGCAAGAGGACCCAUCCACCUCUCCCGUAUCUCCUCUCUCGUCACCCGAACUCAUCGAAGCACCUAACGAGAAUGCCGCCCGUGAAGAGACCCCAGCGUCCACUGCGCAGUCAUCGACGCCUACCUGGAGCGAUGCUAGUCUGAGAGCCUAUCUGGAGGAUGAUAGCGAUAUCAGAGACUUACUUGUCGUGGUUCACGAUAAAAGCCAGAUUAAGCCAGUUGGCCGGGAUCAUCCCGUGGUGAAGAAGCUCUUCAAAGAAGAAAAUAGGAAGCUGGGAGAAAUUUCAAACCGACUUGACGGAUUGCUGGGCGACUAUUUGGCGCGAAAACAGCAACGGACGGCGGUACGGUGA